ACACGGGUGAGGGAGGGGUGGAGGUCUGGCCCUGUCCUACUGGACAGUGCUCCUGGCGGCCUGAGUUUACUGGAUGAAGAUUAGAGCGGGCGGGCGGGCAAGCGCUGCUGCUGCUGCUACACCGCUGCUGCCGAGUCCGGAGCCGGAGCGGAGCCGGCGCUCGCCCUUCCCUUCUCGCCGACCCGAUUCGCUUGACAUAGAGCCGCAGUGCGCCUGCGCCGGAGCGCCGCCAUUUUGGCCGUGCUGAUAGUCUGAUGUUGUAAGGGAAGGCUAAGCCGAGGCCGAGCAGCGUGUCGUGAAAUGGCCAAUAUCGCAGUCCAGAGGAUUAAACGAGAGUUCAAGGAGGUCUUGAAGAGCGAAGAGACCAGCAAGAAUCAAAUAAAAGUAGAACUCGUAGAUGAAAACUUUACAGAAUUGAGAGGGGAGAUUGCAGGGCCUCCUGAUACACCGUAUGAAGGAGGGCGAUAUCAACUAGAAAUUAAAAUCCCAGAAACGUAUCCAUUUAAUCCACCAAAGGUUCGGUUUAUCACAAAAAUUUGGCAUCCAAAUAUUAGUUCAGUAACAGGAGCCAUUUGUUUGGAUAUUCUGAAAGAUCAGUGGGCUGCUGCUAUGACUCUACGGACAGUUUUAUUAUCGUUACAAGCCUUACUGGCAGCGGCUGAACCAGAUGACCCACAGGAUGCAGUAGUUGCACAACAGUACAAGCAAAAUCCAGAGAUGUUCAAACAGACAGCAAGACUCUGGGCACACGUGUACGCUGGAGCACCAGUACCUAGCCCUGAGUAUACUAGAAAAGUAGACAAAUUGUGUGCUAUGGGCUUUGAUAAAAAUGCAGUAAUAGUGGCCUUGUCUUCACAAUCCUGGGACGUGGAAUGUGCAACAGAACGACUGCUCAGUAACUGAGGAAUUUGGGAUUACUUCUGUAGCCAGAUGUCCAUUCAUUGACAAACACCUCUGCCCUUUGUUCUUACUGGGUUCUGCAUAGAUUCCAUUUUAAACAUCACUGUAAUACGUGAUAAUCGCUUUAAACAAGACUGGAUUCGAUGCUCUGUAAAUAAAGCUCUCAAAAGAUCUGUGUAAAUUAAAACAAAGGGGAAACGUGAAAUACUUUAAGUUUUUUUCCUACUCUGCAUUGUAAGGAUCCUGAGUUGAGUUGCAUUCAUCCCCGAAGAUGACACAGUACACCUGCUUCAUUGCAGUUUAACAAAAUGACUAAGGUUUUCAAUUGCAUCAAUUUGUUCUUGAUAAAAACAUGUAAUGUUGACUACAUCUUAAAAUAUGGUUGUUUUCUACUUUUUGUAUGUGUCAUGGCUAUGAAGCAGCCAGUGCUUCUGAUCAAACUUUCUAUUUGGUUUGCUAUUUACUGGAGGCUGCUUCACCGUUUAAUUGUGACAAUAUUGCACAAGUUGUCCUGGAGACAUUUUCGAGUUAAGUCUUCAUCGGUACCAAAUCAAAGGUUGAGGCAUUUGCCUGAUAAUGAAUGGAUUACUUGAUAAUUCUCCCAUGGUUACAUUGUUCUCCUAAAGCCUUUGCCAUGACACAGUCAAAAAGUCUCGACACGCUAGGUUUUCUUAAUGGUUGUAGCUGUUAAGUAAUGUGGUAACCACUUUCAAUUACUUAACAGGUGCUUAAAUAUUCAGUCCCAGCUUGAGCGUCACAUUUUCUUUAAUUUACUUUGGAGGCUGUGGUGGCUGUUCUCUUUCUGUACAUAAUUUAAAGUUCACUUAGAAAUAGAGGUGUGUUAUUGAUCAGAUUGUCUGCACUCUAUUGAGUAUCUCUGAAAGUUCCAAUAAUGGGAUAUUUCCUGUAUAUACAGCCAAGCUUUCUAUUCGUAUUAAAAUAUUUCAUCUUGA